AUGACCACCGAAACAAACCCCAAGGACCGCCUAUGGUCACGGCGAGAGAUUGAGGGCCUGAUAGCGCAAGGGAGGAAGAUCAUAAUUCUCGAUGGCCAGGUGAUCAAGGCUGAUGCGUGGCUCUCCUUUCACCCUGGUGGCGACAAGCCGAUAUUGCAUAUGGUUGGAAGAGAUGGCACCGAUGAGAUCCGUGCACUACAUUCCCCAGAGGCACAGGCGCACAUGCAAAAGUUCGUGAUCGGGAGGAUUCAGGGGAGAUGGACCAACUUCCUGCCUCCGAUACAGGGUGGACAUUUCAGACCAUAUAUCAAGGAUCAGGAUGGCAAAGAGGUGGAGGUGGAGGAGGAGUCAGAUGUACAAACCGACGGUGCUCUCAGUUCUUGCAGUGACAGCACUGCACCUCCAUCCCCCAUCUUCGAUCCGGUCGAUAUUCGAGAACGAGGGGCCUCAUCGUCCACCACCUCUUUGUCUGAACGUGAGCGGUCUAACCCCAGCGACGACCCAAUUCAGACGAAGCUGGCAGCCGAAAAAUACUCAGAUAUACUGAAGUAUCCACCAUUAGAUCCCAGCUCACAGGAUCGAAUCGUCGCGAAGUACCGAGAGACCAACGCUCAAAUACGGGCAGCUGGUCUUUACGAAUGUCCUUACGGCGCCUAUGGGGUUGAAUGCUGCAGAUAUGUCCUUCUCUUCUCAUCGUCUCUCCUCGCACUCCAUUACUCCUACUACGCCCUCUCUGGGGCCCUUCUCGGCCUUUUCUGGCACCAGCUGGUGUUCACCGCCCACGAUGCCGGACAUAUGGGUAUAACACACAACUUCCACAUCGAUACGUGUAUCGGAAUCUUUAUCGCCGACUUCCUGGGUGGCCUGUCCAUCGGCUGGUGGAAACGCAAUCACAACGUCCACCACAUUGUCACCAAUUCACCUGAACACGACCCGGACAUCGAGCACAUGCCUUUCUUCGCCAUCUCGACCCGAUUUUUCUCAUCCUUACGUUCCACUUACUACGAACGCAUCAUGCAGUUUGACAGCAUUGCCAAACUGGCCAUAGCGAAACAGCACUGGUUGUACUACCCAAUCCUCCUGCUGGGUCGCUUCAAUCUCUACCGCCUCUCUUGGGAGUAUCUCUUUUUGGGCCAGGCGCCUAAGAAGGGACCUGCAUGGUGGCAUCGCUACCUUGAGAUCUUCGGGCAGUUUGUCUUCUGGGCUUGGUUCGGCUACGGAAUUGUGUAUCGCUCCAUCCCCACUGCAUGGGAUCGCUUCGUGUUUGUCAUGAUCAGCCAUAUGAUCACGGCACCGCUCCACGUACAAAUCACCCUUUCUCACUUUGCCAUGUCCACCACCGACAUGGGUGUGCAGGAGUCCUUCCCGCAGAAGAUGCUUCGAACCACCAUGGAUGUCGACUGUCCUCCGUGGCUUGACUUUGUCCACGGCGGCCUCCAAUUCCAAGCCAUCCACCACUUAUACCCGAGGAUACCAAGACAUAAUCUCCGAAAGGCACAGGUAUAUGUACGGGAAUUCUGCAAAGACACAGGCCUUCCAUAUGCCAUCUACGGUUUCACGAAGGGAAACAUGGAGGUUCUCAGCCGGUUGGAGGAGGUGGCCAAGCAAGUCAGAGUUUUUGAGGAGUGCAGAAAAGUGUGCGCGAAGGAAGUGGUCGAGGGAACGGGCCACGUCCACUCCGAUUGA